UCGUGUUCUUGAAGACUGAGACAAACCCAGCUACAGCCUCUGGAGCGCGGACAGAGAUAGAGCUGGCAAAUGGAUCCUUCCAUGAGCAGCUGCAUGCGGAGUCCCCGUCCCAAUACCCCACUUUGGGGGUGUCUACGGAACGGCACCACGGAGGUCAGCACUGCAUCCGGGCUGAAUCAUUACCCUCAAGCACCCUUCUCGUUCCAUCAAAAACCAGACUUUGCUACAUAUUCUGAUUUCUCAGCCUCCUGCCUGGCCACUGCGCCCCACAGCUUCCCUCGAGAGGAACGCGGGUUUGCAGAGCAGCACCCUUCCUUCCAGCCUUCCGACUGGCACUUUGCAGCCUCUGAGGCUAGAAGGCGACUAAAUCCUGGACUGGCUUUGGGUUCUGGGGAGCUAGAAGGUGGCAGCCCAAACCUGGUGGGUGCUGCAGGGAGUGUGAAUGAAGAGUAUGGGGUACCAGGCAACAGUACUAAUGAAACUGAGAAAAAGGCUUCCAGAAGGAAAAAGGAAAACUCAGAAAACCAGGACUCUGGUAGCAAGCCAGAAGCCAGCAGCAAAGCACGGAAGGAGAGGACAGCUUUCACCAAGGAGCAGCUGCGGGAAUUAGAAGCAGAAUUUGCUCACCAUAACUAUUUGACAAGGCUCAGGAGAUAUGAGAUAGCAGUGAACCUGGACCUCACUGAGAGACAGGUUAAAGUGUGGUUUCAAAACCGAAGAAUGAAGUGGAAGCGUGUUAAAGGUGGGCAGCCAGUGUCCCCACAUGAGCAUGACCCAGAAGACAUGGACUCUGCUGCCUCCCCAAGCUCUGAGUAG